AUGAGGAGAGGCGAUUCAGAGGUAGUGAGGGUGGCUGUAGAAAUUAAUAUUGAACUAUUGAAGGAAAGAGAGGAAUAUGACAUAAAAAUAGUUGGAGUGAACAAAGGAGAGGUGGAGGACAGAGCACUGUGGUGGUGUAGAACAAUGGGAUGGUCGACCCCAGUUGGCAGAGAAGGCGAAGAAGAAGACAGAGGAGGUAUCUUUCCCUCCAAAAAAGGGGGCCCAUGA